AUGGAGCAAUACGCGUCUUUCAUGGACUACGAAGCCCAUAUAUUUAUCAAAUCUCUAUACGAUGAAGGUGUCAAAGGCGACAAACCAGUCAAUCCUGCCCAUUAUGCCGGCCGAUUCGCAUUAAAUAAUAUGCUCUUUAUGUCUUUUGGAAUACGCACCGUGUCUGCUUCGGACCCCCUAGUGGCUACCGCUCUUGACCUUGCGAUGGAGUUCAUGGAUCUAACAGGACCAUGGUCAAACUGCGUCGACUUCUUCGAGUUUCUACAAUAUCUCCCAACUCAAAAACGGACGCGAGGGCGCAUUCUCCAUGACUCUCUCAUCAAUGUCUACGGCGGAAUGAUCUCAGACUUUAAAGACAAGCUGCGCUCUGGAAAAGACGUGCCAGACUGUCUUGUCAAGACCCUGCUCGACAACGAGGAAACGGAACAUCUGGACUGGGAGGAUCUGUGCAUGCUCUCCGCGGUGUUCACGCUGGGCGGUGUGCAUUCGACUUCCGGAAUUAUACAGUGGUUCCUGGCGCUGAUCCCGUCACAUCGGGAUGUACUGGCACGCGCCCACAAGGAGCUGGAUGAUGUCAUCGGUCGUAGCAGAUGGCCAAACUUUGAGGACGAAUCGAGUCUUCCAUAUAUAAGAGCUAUCAUCAAAGAGGCAAGUACUUCCUUCAACGGAACAUAG